AUGAAUCCCCCGCCAAGCAAUGAGGAGAACAUCAUGGGAGUUGUGCGUUGCAUGCACAUAAAGGGAAGUAGUCACAACCCGUUCAUGACGUACAAAAAACGUUUUUGGGUCGUGGAUCAGUCACAGGGUCGUCUGGAGGUCUACAAGAAUGACCAGGAACCCUUUCCACUGACAAAGUACCCCGCCUCGGAGGUGCGUGGAGUCGUCUUCUCAGGGUACAAGCAAAACAAAUUUUAUGGCCUUUCUUUGCAGCUGCGACACUCUGUAAACAUUAGAUUUCGAUUUAACUCCAUGGCUGAACGAGAUCGCUGGUACGCCGCCAUCACGCGACUCAUCGAACGUUAUGCGGCAUACAAUCGUGACCAAAAUGUUUUGCGUGUUGCCCAACGACGAACGAUGGCCGCGGAGCGUUCGCUCGGCGUAAGCAUUACACUAGCUAUUGCAGGUUUGAGUGACAUUCCCGAUGAUCUUCUGCAGUAUUUGGUUGAGGCAGUGGAUAUGGCAAUUGACACCAUCUCUGCGGUGGUUCACAAGUAUGGCAGCGAAAACGACAUUCCGCGGCGGUACACUCUCACAGUGGCUGCUGCUGGGUCGCAACCCAACACUGAGCCGCAGUAUGAUCCCACUACGCGCAGUCUCGUAUUGAAUGUAACAAUUGCCCGAGAUAUGCUGGGGAAUGUGUGUUUUCAUGUUGCAGAUUCAAAUGACAUUAUGAAAAUAACUCAAUCACAUGUAUGGCGAGAUCCAUGCAUUGAGGGAUGGCUUACCACAAAUAAAAGUUGUGUUGCUGUUUGUCGUGAGAUUGGUGAGAUGCUAGGACUCAAAAAGCCUUUCCCUUUCACAUUUCAAUGGAGACAAAACUUGAGAGACACGGCACGCGUGGAACAAUACCUGCGUCGUUACGUACACGAGGAUUUUUUAAGAGAUGUACAGCGACAGAUUGUGGAGGUGGCAGAAGACUUUGGACGUUCCGAGGGUGCUGCAGAAGAAUCUGUGUACAUCAAGUACAUUGGAGAGUACGUCUCCGGGAUAGCCAUUACACUUGACGAGAAGACUGUGAACGCCAGUAAGCCACCCGAGCUGUUUGUGACGACUACGUUUGAAUAUCAACAACGUUGUAGGCAUGCUGUGGUGAUGAUAUCUAGGUACUUUGAAGCAUAUCAGAAGCCGCGUGUUUUAGCUCGAUCCCUCCGUGAUCAGCUUGUAAACGUUAUUAUUCUUGCAGAUCUCGGCAAACACAUGAGUGAGGUUAGAGCCUCCUUGUCGCAUGCAUUGGGCGGACAUGGAGAUGUCAAGAUUAUAUGGGGGAAUCUCCUAAUUGCCUGCGCAAAAGUUGGUGUUCCGCUUCUUCUUCGCAAUUUAUCGCAUUUAGUGCUUUCAUGCAGUAACAUUUACCUGGGACGACUUGAGAGCCUUCAACAGCUUUCGAGUGGAUUUGAGUCCUCUACUGAGGGAUAUAGUCCACUUUUUGGAAUGAUGUUUAGAAAUAUAUCUUCUAUAGUCGUGGACUUUGUUCCAUUUGUGGUUGGGCAGACGAAAAGUCUGCCUGAUCCACAGAUUCAGCAGAGCAUUUUGACAGAUUACAUUCUCUGUUCAACGGAGGAGCAUCAAGCAGCCAUGAUGGAUCUUGUUAGCAAAUGGCGUGUUGCACCUCAGGCCAAUCAUGCCUACGCAGUUGUCUCGCAGUUAUUUAUAUUUCCUUCUAUGCCUGUUGCCAUGUUCAAGGAAUGGUGUGAGGAUAAUUUACGAGAUAUCCUGGAACCAAGCAGGAGCAUCUACAUUGGCGGUGACUCAGGUUCGUGGUCUUCCACUUCUUCCGACGACUUGGGAGACGCGGUGGCAUUUGAGCGUAGUGCGGAAACACAAGUCCUUGACAUUCACCGUGUGGUGAGUUUAGUGUACGACUCCCAAGUUGCUUCUGUGAAUCUUAAGAUUGGUGCCGACGCCAUUAUUGAUGCUAUUCAAUCCCUUGAGGCGGCCUUUGAGAAUCGUCGUAUCCGCAAACAUGACUUGGUGCGAGUGCUAGUCUCCAAUUUGCGUCGGCUUCGUCUCAUGUAUAGCUACACCCUUGGAGGUGAGAUGGCAACGUCGCUCGACCUUCCAUCUGCCGUGACUUUAUUAUAUGAAUUAUGUGAAUACGAAGAGAGUGUGGCAGGGAUAGAGGAACGGCUGCGAGAGUAUGCGGUACAACAAAAUAAAACACGAUUUGAAACGGGGAAUGAACCAAUUGUGGAUAACAACGAUGCCUCUACCAAUUUAUUAAGGCAGAUGUACGACUUUCAGUGUGUGUCACGGGUGGCGUUGAACCAUUUACUGCCGCUUGAGGCAAAGAUAGCUCGGCGGGGGUGGCGUGUGGGUUUUGUAGCUGGUUUGGAAAGCGUUGGAAAAACGCUUAUCCUGAACUCUUUAAGAGGUCUUGUGCAAUCCACUGUUCCGACGGUUGGUCUUUCACAGCAGGUGGUGGCCUUUCAGGAAUGGAUAUUUUCUAUGAAAGAACUUGGUGGCCGCAAGACGUUCCGAGACAAUUGGCGUUAUUAUGUAGAACGCAUGAAGGAGAUUGAUUUUUUGUUUUUUGUGGUGGACAGUAUGAAUAAGGGUGGUCUCAAGGAUGUCGCAGCCUAUUUGCGUGCCGUCACCGAUCAUUUUAGCACCGUGCCACUUGUGGUUGUGUUUAACAAUUAUCGCGCGGGUUCCCGUGGAACGCCCUCUUUAAAGGAUUUGGAGACUUCUAUCAAGUUGGAUGUGGUGCGCCACCGCCAGACAGAUCGCAGUGUUUUUGUUGGAGCCUGCGACAUCACUGUGGUGAGCUCCGCCCACCGCACACUGCCUCCAACACUUUUGUCUGCUCUAAAUGAGCUAAGCACGUGCCUUCUUCGGGUUUCGUCACCAGAGCGUACGCCUGUGAAACCAAAGGCAGGUGGCACGGUAGAAACCAUGAUGAAGAGACUGUCAUCGUCGCUUUCAUGGAGGCUAUGA